AUGGGAGACAAGACGGGAAAUCCAUACGAUAUGGAUGGUUCGUCCUUCGAUGCGGAUCGAUACCUGCAGAAACUGCUGAAGGAAUGUUCCCUCAAGCAAAUUAUGGACACCGAGGCAGGAAUCGUACGCCAAACGCAAACGCUUCACAGCGAUAUGCAGACGCUCGUGUACGAAAACUACAACAAAUUCAUCUCCGCCACCGAUACCAUCCGCAAGAUGAAAACCGACUUUAAAUCGAUGGAAACGGAAAUGAAUCUGCUGAUGGCGAACAUGGCCUCGAUCACCGAGUUUAGUGAGCGGAUUACGGAUACGCUGCAGGAAACGCGCUCCCAGCUAACGCGCCUGUCCGGCAAGCAUCAGCUGCUGAAGAAGCUCCAGUUUCUGUCCUCACUGCCAGCGAAACUGAAAACGUUAAUCGAGGAAGAGAACUACCAGCAGGCGGUGCAGGAGUAUUCGCACGCACAGAAAGUAUUGCACCAGUACGGGCAACAGCCUUCCUUUCAGGGCAUACAGGAGGAUUGCAUUAAGAUACUGGACGAGCUGAAGGAUCGUUUGAAGGGAGAGUUCCGGCAGACGGGCAAAUCGGCUCAAUCGCUCACGGAGAUUGGUGAGCUGUUGCUUCAGCUCGGCGAACGUCCCUCGACGCUCGCCAAAGAAAUGCUCGAGUGUGCCUCGAAGAGACUGCACGAACAGAUCGUCGUUCUGCAGGAUCAAACUGAUCGCGACAUGAUCGAGUUUAUUGAUCUAGGAAUCGAGGGGUUUCUGAAGGACCUGACGCUGGUGAUCAGUUCGUACAACGAUAUGUUCCUCACGAAACAUCUCGAGCAGGAAGCGGACGAUUUCGAGCAGGCAGCGCGCGUGGAUCUGAAUGCCUUCGUGAACCGCAACGUGGACGAGUAUCUGGCGUUGGUACAGGAUCGUGCAGAGCUGGAAAUAGGACACGGUGACUCACAGAUCAUUCUCCGUGGGCUAGAUCGGCUUCAUCGACGAAUGACCGCGAUGCGAACGCUGUGCCGAUCGUUGGACAUGAGCAAAUCGGGCAUCGAUAUUAUCGUCAACGCGGCACAGCAACUCUGCCAGACGCAUAUGCGCUCGCUAAAAGAUCAUUUUGCGGACAGCCUCAGCUCGGUACGGUUGGCAUUGGUUUCGGCCAACACAAACACCCCGAGCGGCUCGUCGACCGCUUCAUCCAUCCAGGCGGGAGGUGUCGGUGGACAAGGCAGUGGUGCGGGCGGUACGACAACUCCUGGCUCUGCCGGGCUUCGGGAGCUAAUCUCAAACCUUUACAUCUCCACGAUCGAGAAGGUGAAGGGACUUAUGCAGGAUCUGCUCAUCUUCCUGCAACCGGAGUGGUCAUUUAAUCUAAAAGGCGACCCAAAGGGCGUGCAGUGCAUUGAAGGCAUCCGGGAAAAUCUGCUCGUUGCCUUUCUGCGCCACUUUUGCACCACGGUCAACGGGUACGGGAAUGUAAACUCGACCGCACCACCGACCCUACUGCUGGUACUAUCGAAAGUAUGCCUCGAGAUGGAUCGGGCCGGUGUACACUCGCUUACCUCGCUGGUGGACGAACUGUACAACCUGGAUGCCGAGCGCAGCGUGUCGCUCGUCCACGAAUCGGAACUCUGCACCGAAAUGCGCGAUUCCGCCCAGCUGCUGCUCGACUCGUACGUCCGUCUGCAGGGGCUCCAUCUAUCGCAGAUGCUGCGCAAAAGCGUCGAAACGCGCGACUGGCUCAACUGCCUGGAGCCACGCUCCGUCCGGGCCGUUAUGAAGCGCGUCGUGGAGGAGAUAUCGGCCAUCGAGCUCGUGCUCGGCGAGCUGUACGAUAGCAGUGUGGCACCGCACGGUGGUUCGCGUACCACCGCCAGCAGUGAUUCCAGCCGGAAGACCCACUUCAGUAUUGCCGCCUCAAAGCAGUCCCAGUUCCGUUCGACCUGGUCGACGUACACGCCCCAGGCCCAGCUGGACAGCAGCUUCGUGUCGAACAUGCAUCGAUUGUUCUCGGAGAAGAUCGAAAUCUUCGCACCGGUCCAAUUCUCCAAGGUGUCCAUCAUUACCGGCAUCAUAAAGAUCUGUCUCAAGACGCUGCUCGAGUGUGUACGGUUGCGUACGUUCAGCCGGUACGGUCUCCAGCAGAUACAGGUCGACGCGCACUAUCUGCAGAUGAAUCUGUGGCGCUUCGUCAGUGAUGAGAACUUAAUACAUGUGCUGCUGGAUGAAAUUCUUGGCUCGGCUGUGGUGCGAUGUCUGGAACCCAUUCUAAUGGAGCCGAACGCGGUGGAAAUUAUCUGCGAACGAAACUAA